GGUCGGCGGAAGUGCUGGGUGUUGUUUCCGGAAGUGAGCAAGGAAAGCUUGAGAUGGCGGCUGCGACUGUUGCCGAGACGGUUCCGUUGGGUGGAGCAGAGGAGCCCCAGCCUCCCGCAGGAGCCGAGGAGCUGGCCGCCCAGAAGCGCGAACAGAGACUGCGCAAAUUCCGGGAGCUGCACCUGAAGCGGAAUGAAGCUCGUAAAUUAAAUCACCAGGAAGUUGUUGAAGAAGAUAAAAGACUUAAGUUACCUGCAAAUUGGGAAGCCAAAAAAGCUCGUUUGGAAUGGGAACUACAGGAGGAAGAAAAGAAAAAGGAAUGUGCAGCAAGAGGGGAAGACUAUGAGAAAGUGAAGUUGCUAGAAAUCAGUGCAGAAGAUGCAGAAAGAUGGGAGAGAAAAAAGAGGAGGAAAAAUCCUGACCUGGGAUUUUCAGAUUAUGCUGCUGCCCAGCUUCGCCAGUAUCAUAGACUGACCAAACAGAUCAAACCAGACAUGGAAACAUACGAGAGACUGAGAGAAAAGCAUGGAGAAGAGUUUUUCCCAACGUCCAACAGUCUUCUUCAUGGGACACAUGUGCCUUCCACAGAGGAAAUUGACAGGAUGGUCACAGACCUGGAAAAACAAAUUGAAAAACGAGACAAAUACAGCCGGAGACGUCCUUAUAAUGAUGAUGCAGAUAUUGACUACAUUAAUGAAAGGAAUGCUAAAUUCAACAAGAAGGCAGAAAGAUUCUAUGGGAAAUACACAGCUGAAAUUAAGCAGAAUUUGGAAAGAGGAACAGCCGUCUAAUCCCAUCAGGAACUGUUUAGAAGCUUGAGAAUAGAGUGAAAAUUUCUGCUAGCAAAUUGAAGUUCUCUUCAGAGUUAUACUGUAAACUAGAACUCCGUUUGUGCCCUCCCACCCAGCAUUUAAAAAUAAAUGUUUUUUCUUAAAUGUAUACUUCAUGUAUAUUUCCAGAUUUUUUGUGCUUGGAUAUAAGAUAUAUUUCUUGUAAUGUACUUGUUUUGUAAAAAUCUACUUUGUAUAAAUUCUGUUAUUUUUCUAUGUAUUUUAAAUGUGUAUGACUUGAAUCUUUGAAGCAUUUUGGGUUUAAGGAAUGCUGGUAGCAUAUGUAAAUGCUGUCAUUGUUACUUUGAGUAUUUCAGUGAAUUUGAUGAAAUCUACAACUGGACUCGGGAACCAUGUGGGGCUGUAGACUCCAUAGCUAAGGAUGGGGAUGAGGAAGAUGCCAGUGGCUGCAGGAGGGCAGGAGCAGGCUCUCUAUGCAGGGCUGCUGAGGACCAAGUUCAGGAAGUAGAAUUGUCCUCCCGUAAACAGUGACCAGGUAUAGUCCCCUUUUCAAAAGGAGAUAUCUUGUGGGAGAGAAUCCCUGCUAAACAUUUUAUCAUUUAAAAUAAGUAUUUGGGGACUUCCCUGGUGGUCCAGUGGUUAAGAGCCUGCCUUCCCGGGUUUAAUCCCUGAUUGGGGAACUAAGAUCCCGUAUUCUCAGUCGCUUCAGUUGUGUCCGACUCUUUGAGACUCUGUGGACUGUAGCCCGCGAGUCUCCUAUGUCCAUGGGAUUUUCCAGGCGAAAACACUGGAGUGGGUUGCCAUUUCCUUCUCCAAGAUCCCACAUGCCAUGGGGCAACUAAGCCCAUGCCCUGCAACUGGAGAAACCCACAUGCCUCAGCAAAAACUUAGCACAGUCAAUAAAUAAAAUGAAUAUUUGUAUUUAUACAUUUAUAUUAAUUCAGAUAUACACACACGUGCUUCCAUUGCAAACAUGGUCAAAAUAAUAGAAUGAGUCCUAUAAUAAUUCAGUGCCUGUCUUUAAUAAUUACCAACUUAGUCAAUCUUUCAUCUUCAUUUCUAUCCACUUUUUAUAACUCGUUAUUUUUGAAGCAAAUAUUAAAUGUAUAAUUUCAUCUAUAAAUAUUUCACUAUGUAACUGAAAGAUAAAAAAGACUACAAUGCUAUUAUCACAAUAAUAGUCCUAUUUUAAUAAAACUAAAGAGUGAAAGAUUGGUAU